AUAAAUUAUUAAUAUCAGUAAGAUCUGGCAUCAGACAAAAUGCUCUGCCCAGCUUUAUUACUUCUCUUUGUUAGUUUUACUUAUACUGAUGACGUGUACAGAUUUCAUCAUUUCUCCGAUGAGUUUGAAUUCCACAGUAUAAAGCUGUCUUGGUUUGAUGCUAAUACUUACUGCCAAAUAAGAUUCGGUCAUCUGGUCACGGUGGAGAAUGCCAGCACUCAAGAUUUGUUAUGGACAGUGUUCUUGAACCGACCUGAAGUGAUCUAUGAGGAUUAUUGGAUCGGGUUACAUAAGGCGCAGUCUGGGCCCUGGAGGUGGACAGGCGAUCAAAUAUUCAUCUACAACAAUUGGUUUUAUCGCCCAAAACAAGUUUCCAAUAGUCCACUUUGUGCGAAAAUGAUUGCUGUAGAAAGACUAGGUUGGACGCACAGUGAUUGUAUUGAAAGGAACGGAUUUAUAUGUCAAUAUC